GGUUCACGAGGCCUGUUAGGAUUAGACGGCUACAAAGGCGAGCCGGGGAAGCCAGCCAAAAUACUGACCAUCGUCAGUGAGUUGCCAGGAGAUAUGGGUGAUGAAGGUCGUGAGGGAGAGCCUGGCGAUCCAGGUGACGUUGGUGAUAUUGGUAACAAGGGUGAACGAGGCUUUCAAGGUGCUACUGGAGAUCAGGUGAGUUGA